UGUUAAUGUAGCCAAUCGCAUCACUAACCUCGUCCACAGGAACGGUGCAUAACACUUAUUUCGCUGUGUCAAGAAAGAACGGCUACAUGUUAUAUUAGAAGAGAACUGUAUACUCCUCUGUGUUAUUUGUAGAUAAAAUGUCUUCGUGGGCGAAAUCUUCUGGCACUGGCAGGCGACCACAAUCGACACCAAAUGGAAGUCAAACACACCGAUCGUUUCGAAGACCAGCGCCUUACCCGACCCGGGAGGACCGAACAGAGGAGCAUAAGGAUAUACUUAAAAGCUAUGAAGAACUAGAACAACAGCACAAGUACAGUAGCAACAUGCAGUUUGAAGGAUAUCAGCGACCACCAAAUGCCAAGACUGAGGGAUACAGCCCCACAGACAGACGUAAGGCCUUGUACCAGAGGUUCUACAGACAGGUCCAGGAUGAGAAAGAGCCGGCAGAUUGUGUGGUGCUCUCCAUCACCAAUCAGUGCAUGGAUUACCCAAAGUCACUAGGCGAGUGUUUGCAGGAGCGUGGCCUGUCAGUGGAAAUGCUCUACCUUCAGGCGGAGUCGGGCCUGACCCGGGCUCUGCAGGACAUCCGGGCCGACGGCUCCCCGUUAUGUAUUCUGGUGGAGCACACAAACGUAGCUCUCUCCUCCUGCACUGUAAUCAUAUUCUCAGAGUCCCUCAAAAUCCACCGCAACAUGCCCAAGGACCAAGCCAUGGACUUUGUGGCUGCGGAGUACAACCGGGGCCUCGUCAAAGAGCGGCCCCCGAAGGAGCCGGCGGACAUGGCCGCGCGGGCCUCCCAGCUGCUCAGCGACUUCCUGGACCGCCAGAAGGUGGAGCGGCACGCCGUGCCGUCUGACACGCGCCAGCUCCUGCUGCUGCUGGCGGAGGGGGUGCACCUGUACCCCGAGGAGCUGGCCACGCUCUCCCAGUACCUGCGCUCUCGCCAGGACCACAUGCAAGCUUCCACCACAGAUGGGAAGAGGGGCAACAUGUUACCUCCCGGUCUGGGGAAACCUCCUCCCCUGCUCCCUACUCCGCCCAGCGCCCCUUUAACCCUGCCCGGGCCUGGGGGGCCCCUGGCUGGUCCCGCUGGCGAGCCGCAGCCCGGCCCUCUGUUGUCCCCGUCAGGCUCCUACCCCAAAACCAAGCCUCCUCCCCUGUUAUCACUGCAUCGGGCCCCGGGCCCACACGGACCCCCACACGGCCCCCCCCAUGGGACUCAUCUUGGCCCCGCACCUCCUCGUGGCCCACCAUCUUUACACAGUCCCUAUAAUGGCCCUCGCCCCCAUGGGCCCCCACACAACCAUGUUCCACAAUACUACCAGGGCCCCCGUGGCAGUCCUCAUGGGGCCAGAGGGGGCCCCCCCUCCCUGAAGAGCCUUCGCCCCCACACCCCACUUAUGCCUGUACCAGGUGGACCGAAUAUAAGAUCCAGUGGGCCCAGGCGCUGAAAUAGGCUCACGCACACAUGCCCUCCAAGAAUAGUGUUUCAUCAUUUCAAAUUUCUGUAGAACUAAAUACUGUCCUCUAGUGGAAUGAACUAUCCAUCCCUAGUUGGCAGAAGACCAGUGAAACGAAUGCAAAUGGACAUUGUUGUAUUUAAAGUUGAACUUGUUCGAUGUUAUCAAAUGUUCAUCGUCUUGCUUGCAAACUGUAAUCCUGUUGAAGGACACAAAACUAAGGUUAUGAUGGGUUCACAUCACAAAGUUCUCAGUAGGCUGAAAUAUUGUAUAUAGAAUUCCUUUUUACUUCAUGACACAAAAGUUAUCUCACAAUCACUAAGCAUUAAUCAUAUUCCCAGUACCAUGGGUGAGGGAUGGGUAUCCUGAAAAGAGGGAAGCAUUUUAUUUAUGAAUUUAAGUCAGUUAUUUCAAUGACCACUUGGAUAUUUGAAUAUAUUAAUUUUACGAGUACACAAUUGAUGUGCCUAUUGUGUUAUUUUUUUUCUUUGCCAGAUAAGUAGUUCAGAGCCUUUUACUGGUUCUACUGAUAAUGCUGAGUGUGUAUUUGUCAUCAUGAGUUCACCCGCACAAACGGGUCACUCAUUGGUAGCGCAGCUGUUCAUGCUUCCAUGAACAGCAUUGCUGCACUUCCUAAAACCACUCUCCUUCUGUCUCCCAUUUGCCUUGUUCACUUACCAGCAAGGGGAUGUUUCACUGUGAAAAUAAUACAGAAGGAAUCGUAUUCUCUUUUGUUUUUUAUUAAUUCACUGACCUGUUAAAUGCUGUUGCUUAUAUACAUUUUCAUAAAGAACAUCUUUUGAGUUUUUUUGUUUUCAUUGUAAGUGUUUUUGAUUAUCUGGUUGAUGGAAUCCACCUUGGUUGUAUAUUCUGUACAGAAAUAAAGUGGUCUCAGGA